AUGAAGUGUCGGAGUUGUGCCUUUUACACGUGCGCCUGUUGGUGUGUAGCUCUGAAGUUUCUGCGAAGUAGGCCAGGACAGUGUAAACAUCUGGCCCAGUCCGGGGCUUUCUGCCUGUUGAGAGCCAUGACAGAUGGGAAGGGAGCGCGCGGCUCAAACACUUCCAUCUUUGAACGGAUCGCAGUUGUCUUCCCAAAAUAGCCGUCGCCUCAGCGCCUUAUAUGUGCAGGGCCCCUUCAGCGUGUGCCUGAGGGGGGCAUCAUGUAUCUAGGCCACACAAUACAGGCUGAGGGUUCAUUGUUGCUGCUUACCAGCAGGUCUGUCUGCCCCAGGGACGAGGCCUCUCUGCACGUCUCGGGACUGUUCGCCAUGCAUCUCAGUCAGCUCAACCGCGAGUGUCUACUCCACCUUUUCUCCUUCCUGGACAAGGACAGCCGCAGAAGUUUGUCGCUCACGUGUCGUCAGCUGCGCGAGGUCUACCUUGACCCCUGCCUCUGGAACCUACUCCACUUCAGCUCUCCCUGUCAGCUCAGAUGGGACAACUAUGUGCUGGGACCUUCACUGCGUCACUUAACUAUAUGCUGGUAUUCCAGUAGAGUCCUGCUGGUGUGCAACAUUGAGGACUGGUUAAAGAGCUCGUUCCAGAAGGACAUCUGCAGCAAACACGAGAACCUGGUCAGCACUUUCCUGGCCCAUGUGUGUCACAUGUGUCCCAACCUUCUCACCCUGACGCUGUCCGGCUGUGCACACAUCACCGACCACGACGUGGUCUCUGUGCUGCGGAGCUGCAAGAAGCUGCGCAGCCUCCGCCUGGAAAACUGCGUCCGCAUCACAGACCGCAGCCUGCAGGCUGUGGCGGUGCAGGGGGACAACCUGGAGGAGGUAAGAGUGGACUUCUGCAGGAACAUCACUCAGGCGGGGCUGCAGAGCUGCAAGGAAGCGAGACCGGUCCUCCGACUGAGCGCAGAGAGGAGCGCUGAUAUGAUUCCUGAUAGCAAGCCUGAAGAGAAGGAGCCGCUCAGGAGAGCUCUGCAGAAAGUCCUGCUGUACUCCUGAGGGAUGAGGACUUGACAGUGAUGACUAUGUUGUUGUUUUCUUUUUUGUAUCUCUCAUAAAUUAUUUUGUUUUUACAUUUAAUACCUUUGUGUACGUCAUAUAUUCAUUUUUAUACAUUUUGUUUCUUAAAAAAGACCCACUGAACUUCCUUCAAAGUCUUAUCAAGAUGUGGCCUUAGCUCUGUUUCUUAAAAUCCUCCUGGAAUAUUAUUAUUAUUUCACACUUAUUGAUGUGGUCUUCACUUUGAAAAAAAAAAAAGAUUCCACUCUCAUAUUUGUAUGAAUAAACUAACAGGAUCUAGAUUUGCUUUGCUAAGACAAAGACCAGAUAUUAAUAAAAAAAGGUUAUUUUGUUCCAGCAAACACACACACACACACACACAAAGAAAACCCGGAGUACCCUUUCCUCUCAGUGACAAACAGAUUUUAUUAUGGUUUGUUUUGUUUGUACAAAAACAUUUCAAAUUAAAAUGAGCCAUUUCAUGAGGACAAGUGUGUCAGCCCAUUUCUUGCUAAUAUAAUUUCUUUUUUGCAGUGACUUCCUGAAAGACUUCUGUUCCCAACCAAGACAUGUUGAAUAGUAAAAUUUAUUAGCGCUGAUUUGUAAGUAAGUCUUGAACAAGACCUACAAACCAGGUACCGCCUCACUCUGAAGCGGUAUGGAGGAGAUGCACGUGGGUUGUCACUUUUAUCCCCGUUGCAUCCCUUCCUAUGGCACGGCCCUUAUAUAUGUGCUGGGCAAAGUUCUGUUCAAUGGCUCAUAAAACAGUAAAUAUACUCACCAGCCACUUUAUUACGUGCACCUUGCUAGUACCAUGUUAGACCUCAUUUUGUCUUGAGAAUUGCAUUAAUUCCACGUGGCAUACAGCAGGUACAGUAAAUAACCAGCACAUCAAUCAUUUGUUUGAUUUGUUUGGGUUAAAUCUUUUUAACGCAGCGAUUCACACUAAGUUACCAAUAGCGACAGCAGCCACCAUCAGUUCUUCUGUGUUUAAUAUACGGCGGCCCCACGACUAGCCCGUUGCACUCCACCAGCACAUGCUAUACAUACAUUGAUGUUAGUAGUCGCUAAAAGCUGCCGCCGACACUGUUUUGUUGUUGUUAGCUGAACCGCUGCUUCUGGAUAUGAAAACUCAACACCAACUGUCUGUGCAUUUGCCGUCUUGUGAAUCCACCAUUUUGCUGGUCCAUCACUCCCUUCAAUCAGCCACUAAGAUGCUCAGGACACCGGUCCCCCGACAACUGACACUGGACACCGCUGGCUUACUGGUUAUUGGUUUCUCCUUCACUCUUGUUUGGUUUCUUUUUUUGCUUUCUUUUCCUGUAGUUUGUUUGUUUUCCUUUUAAUUUUGAAUGUUUACUUAGUCGUUUAGGUGUGAUGCAUAGUGAUCAGCUGUUGUGUCUUAGCUGGCUGUUUACUCUCUGCUGCACCGCUCUGUUAAUUACCGUCAGCAGACACACCUGCCGUUAUCACAAUUAUCUCCACUAGCUGCACCUGUUACCGUGCCUUUUAAGUAGCAGCCGUCCACAGCCAUUCUCUGCCAGGUUGCCUUCAAGCCUUAGCGUGAAUUCUUGUCCUGUUGCAGUUUCUGACCGGUUUCUCUCGUUUUUUUGGAUUCCCUGUUUGCCUUGCCCUUGCUGGCAGAACAUCGUCUGCUUCCGGACUCUGGACGCACCCUUGGGCUGAUCUUCACCACGAUUCCUGCCCUGCCCUCUGGAUCGGCCUGCCUUUUAUUUCCUGCCUUCUCCGUGUACGAGUCCUGCCCGUCUCACGGAUCUGCUCACUGCUCCAUCCUAUUCUGCCGCCCCCCCCCCCCUGCUGUAGGCAGCCUGCUCUCAGCCCAGCCUGUCAUCUGCUCUGUUCUGGACUGCUGCCUUCCAGCAUCAUGUUCAUGUUAUUUCUUUCCCCUUUUUAAUAAACCUCUUAAGUGCA